CUGUCGGCUGUGCAACAAGCUGCGAUCAGAGGAGCUAAUCGGAGGAGGAGGGCAGAAGGAAAAGCCUGGAAGGAACAGAGAUCAAUCAGGAGACGUGAGGAUGUGAAAUAGAGAGAGAGGCAAGAAGAAGAAAGAGAGAAGGAGGGAGAAAGGGAGGAGGAGACUGUGCGGUGUGUAAAGGCUGAGAGGGGAAGUGAAAUAGACCGUUGGGAAGAGACUCUGUGAGCGCUGUGAUCAAGACAGAGAGGAGUACAGGAAAUACAGGAAAGUGAUACAGAGUGCUUUGAUUAACACGCGCUUCAUGAUAAAGACAACGGAGAACCGAUAUUCUUUCUUUUUUUUAUUCACCUUUUGAUCCAUUAAUAUCUUCUGAGUUGUCAGUUGCAGCUGAGUGAAUCCCACUUCAAGGGGGGUUAAUCAGAUUCCCCAAACUCGUUACUUCAAAGCUUUUUCUUUGUGUCUUGCGUGUCUUUAAAAAUGACGUAAAGAGGCGCAAUCAAUCUGCGAGUGUUCUUUGGGGGAUUGCAGUCGCUCCGUUGGAGGACGCUUGGAUUGUGCUGUCAAACUUGGCUCCGGGUUUCUUGUUCUAACACUUUCCUCCGUGAGUCACGGACCACUGACCACUGAGUGGUUCGGCUGAAUAAGCUUCCGAAAGGCUUAAUUAAUAAACUAUGAUACAGUGAGGAUUUUGAUUGUAAGACCCACCGACAAUGUGGGAAACUAGAUGAGGACAGUCUGCUCUCUUGAGAAUAUGUUCUCCAGGAAUCGCUUCAAUGGUCAACAUGGAGCAGGUGUUGCCCCUAAAGGAGGCACAAAGGCAAAAGUCCAUUCACCCAAGAAGAGAGCUCCAAACCCCAGGGUAGCACUGGUCAUUCGUGGUAAAAUACAUCGCCUCUUGCAAGGGUCUGCAGAUCACCAUGUCCCAGAUUCCGACCUCUAUUAUGGAGGUAUUGAAGAUGAGGAAGAGGGGGAAACACAGGAGGACAGAAAGGAGCACAGAAGCAGAUAUCCAAAGGUUAGCUCCAGGGCUGAAGCCUAUUCUCCAAAGGUGUCAAACGGUAAAGGACAUAGUGUAGCACCGGGGCCGCCAUGUGUUGGAGAGGUAGAGCUGAACAGAGAGGGAUGUAUAAGACUACCAUGCACUUUGCAGCACAAAAGCUGCAGAUCCCCAGCCAAUAUAAAACGAAUCUCCUUUGAAGGGGACAUUCAGGCAGCUCCUGAGCAGAUGCAACCACCCCCGCACUACAGUCCAAUAGGCCCAGACAUGAAUGGUACUAAAUUUGCAGGAGCAGCUGGGGGGGAUUUUGCUUCACCCCGUAUUCGGCCAAAGAGACCCUUUUCUACUGGUGACUGUGUGGACUACAACUUCAACAGAGCUCUGCCAGGUACGCUGCUAGAGGACGAAGAAAAAGAGGAGGAGUCAAGUGCUAUCAUCGACCACAUUCUUAAAGAGCUGAGGGGGAUCAACAAGAUACAGGAGGAAAUCUCAGACCUUAGGGAUUAUCUGACCUCAGUUCGAGGGUCAGUUGAGGAAGUGUCAUCUUGUGUUGACGCUGUACUGUUGGAGAUUGAGGGUAUUCGUUCUAGCAACAAGGCGGGUUCAGGGGUUCACACAGGCACCUGGUCGGGGGUAGGGUACAAAGAUGGAUCAUCCUCCCGCAGAAGGCCCGCUAGUGCUUAUGGCAGUUUAGGGAGUGCAAUGCCAAAGUCUUCUUCAAAUCUUUUCCCUCAAGUCUGCAAUGAGCGUCAUAGCAUCCAUGGAGAUUUACUGCUAUCAGGGGCAGAAGACUCUACUGUGUCCCCAAUUGCUGAAUUAGUGGAUCAUCAGGAACUGGAGGAACCAGAGGAUACCUCUGACCAUAGUUCGGAUAUCCCUGUAGGUGCGAUAGCAGGAAAGCUCAGCUUUAGCUACUUUGAAAGGCCGGAUGGCCAUGACUAUCCAAGCACCAGCUCCUUGUCUUCUGGUCAUAGUGAGUCAGACCUAGAGGGACCAUCAUCUAGUCAUGGAAGGAAGAAGCAAAGAGCUGAUGAUCGAGAGGAACAUUGGACUAACACUGGACCACCACACAGUGCCUCUGGGGAAUCUGCGUGGCAUAGGGAAACUGCUUACCGCAGGGCCAGAAGUCUGGAGGAGCAUGAAAGUGAGAGUCGUCUCUAUGGUGAAGGAGCUGGUAGCUGGGAUCACUACAGAGGUGCAGGAGGUUAUGGUACUUCAGGGCAGUGCUCCACAGGAAGCUCAGAACAUCUCUCUCUUCGCUCUGGGAAACAUUACAACUCACCUGCCAGCACUUCUAGCAGGGAGGAGUGGCAGUCACGUAGAAGAAGGCCUCAAACCCAGUCUGGGAUCAAUAUUCCAAUAGAUACCAACCUUGAAAAGCCCACUGUGGCAUAUGAAUGUUCUGCUGAUAUGUCCUACCCUCAAAGUUCUGGUUACCAUUCAAUUGAUGGACAUGAUGGAGAAGCGGAGGAAUUUGACUAUGGGCAGUCAAAUGACCUGAGCUACAAUACAGACUGUCAUGUCGAUAGUUAUCAGGAAACGUAUUUAGCCUAUGAAGAGUCUUCAGCAGCCACAUGGACUGAGGAAUCCUUAUGUACCACUGUAGCUGAUAGGCCAUUCAUCCAACAGCCUGGAGCCACCAACCAAACCUUAGAAAAUCGACUCCCUCGCUCUGUCAGUGCAGAUGUCCAAACUGGUGGUUUCAAUGUCAAGCGAAUAGGCCGAGCUGUACUUGAUUUUAGCUCUGCCUUGCGCGGUGCAUUGCGCAAAAUUGAAGUACCUGGAGCCCAGAAUCCUGGAGAGGAAGCAGACUUUGAAAUAUCAAUGCCGUCUGACCUACAUACAGCUGAUUUGCCUUCAAAACCUCAAUGCUAUGAGGCACAAUUUCAACAAACAUGUGACCAAUUCCGGAAAGGUAAUGUGGGUGAUAGUGAUAGUGCUGUUCGAGAAUUAUGCAGACACAAUACUCUUGACAAAUCCGAUCUUUUUUCUGUGGAGCCUAAGCAUGAAGAAGCCAACAACAGCCUUACAUUGGAGUCUACAGACACCUGCCAACACCCUCCUAGUUCGGACAAGAUACCCCCAUUCCCAGAAGAACGUUCAGUCUGCCUCGACCCAAUUUCCAGUAGCACUUCAAUACUGCCUCCACCUUAUGGCCUUACAGAACAACCUGCAGAAGGUCCUGCAAAUGGUCCUCCAGAUCGGACCAUUAAAGCCCAGCUUUCGCAAUGCACCACUACAGAAUCCCUCUCAGUCUCCCUUUCGGUUGAUGAACCUGCAGCGCUGGAGGAGCAGGGAGAAACGGAGGUGCCUCUGCCACAGCACUUCGCCACAGACACUGUGGCCCCAGAAGGCAAAGUGGAAGGAGAUGCAGCAGAGCCACCCUUGGAGAUAAGCCGGAUGGAUGAACGUAGGCUAAAGUGCCUGAGGACCUUCCAGCAGAUUCUGCGGGAGAAGAGGGAGUCCCGACGCAACCUCACCAGUAUGACAAUGUCCACCUUCUCUCAGGAUGACUUUGAACCAGAUGGAAGUCAAGAAGGAGAUCAGGUUACCUCUUUUGUGGUUUCUCUCUCGUUAUAAGUAUUAACAUGACAUCUUAAAGGAAGUUGUUCUUCCUGUACAAUUUCUUAAUAUCCUUUUGGCAUUUUCUCAUGUCAGUGUCUCUCUCUAAUUAUUUUUUGUGUAAUGAUUGUUGUCAGUUUCUGAAAAGUGCUCGCUUAAUCCUGAAAAUACUGUGUUUCAAUUUAAAGCUAAUGAAAAAGCUUUAGGUUUUACGAGAUGUCAGCCUCAAAGCAUCCGAGUCCUAUUAAGAACAUUUGUUGUUCCUGUCAUAAAUUUAAAAAAAAAAAUGCUAUUCAGGAAUAGGUCAGUAUUAAUUAUGACACAAUAUUAAUGAAAAAUAAUAUUGGUGUGGAGUCUGUCAGGGUGACAUAUCAGCAUGUUUUGUUACUGUCACAUUUUCUUUACUAGCUGUCAGACAAAAAAAACACGCUGUCAGGAAGCAAAAUUCAAUAUUCGAUGUGCGUUUACUGGGAGCGUGUUUGGUGGGUGUUUUCUUUACAAGGUGAAACCAGAUUUAUGAUGCUCAUAUAUGUAUGGGGGCAAUAUGAUUGAUCGAAAUGCCCUCUUUGGCAUGCCAUGCUGAGACUCAACCAACCCAGUUCAGUCCCUUCUCUUCUGUUAUUUUUUUGUUCUUGUUUCUCUUGUGCUUGUGCAUGCUACAGUGUCAUGAAACCAAUAAAGCCCGUCAUAA